AAGCAUUUUCCGUUUUACGUCCGGAACGCACACGGCACGGCAAAAGAUUGCCAUCGUUCGUUCCGUUUUCUCUCCGUCGGCAAAAUUUGCGCACGGAAAGUACUUUAACCAUCGUCACCCCGACCACCGUCACUACUUUUGUCCCGAGAGCUUAGUGGUUUCAUUGUGCUGAUUACAAACCCUCUGCCGGUGUCAUCCUAGUCUAAAUUCCACUCUCUCCUCCGCCGGAACGGAAGCAAAGGCAGACGACAGCAAGGAAGUCACCUGGCAUGAAGAUAAUCCCGAUGAUGGUUGUCUUGAUUUGUGCCUCCGGUAGCUGGCACCAUGGACCAUCACCACCGCUACCGUGGAAGGCAUCCGCACUAGAGCUCCGCAUUCCAGGGCUGGGCCGGGUGAAAAUGGAGUUUCAAACGGACGUGACUUCGGAGACUCCAGCGGAUGGUGUAGCGAUGGAAACAGUCAGUAAGGGUGAGUCGAAGCGAGAUGAUGGAAAGCAAGCGACGAACCCGUCAACGGCAGCGACACUAGCUAAAGAUAGCAAGCAAACGACUCAGAAAAUCGACAGGGAGCCUUCGAAAACAACGGCAGUGAAAGACAAACCGACGGAAGCACCGGCUAAGGAAACUGAAGCAAAAGCAACGACACUUGCCAAAGAUAGCAAGCAAACGACGCAGACAAUCGACAAUGAUCCUUCGAAUACAACGGCAGUGAAAGACAAACCAACGGAAGCACCGGCUAAGGCAACUACAGCAACGACGGAUGGCGGCAAACAACAACCGAACAACAAACCAACUGAAGCGACGACCGCUGAGGCGAAGCAAACGACAGACACAGUCGGUAAAUCACCGACGACAGAACAACCAAAAGAAGAGCAGGACGCAGCCAGCGAUCCGGAUGAAUUCGAUGACAGUGACAUAUGGGACGACAUGGAAGAUCCACCGGAGGAAUUCGGUCGCGAGUACGAUCUGGAUCCCAGUUUGUUCGAUUCCGGUGGCGAUGAUCUGGGAGAUUUCCAGCCGAAGCUGCAGCUGCCUCCGAACAUGACAAAAGAUAUGUUCUUCGAUGCACCCGUGGACGCUAAACCUCCCAACCCGGCGGACGACGACGACGACGCCGAAGGGAACGGCAUUUUCGAACGGAUAAAGCGCUUCUUCAGCAUUGCAAACAUCAAGGAACAGUUGGAUACCAUUCCGGGCAAGAUGCAAGCCCUGAUGGACCGGUUUCGGCAUAAGAAAUCCGAUGGACUGAAGAAGCUGAGGGAAAAGAUGGACGGCCUUGCCGAGAAGGAGGGACAGAAGAUCGCGAAAGCGUUUUCGAAACUGAAAGCGCCCAAGCAAAAUCCCCAGCAGUGCAUUGAGCAGAUUGAGAAGUCGUUCAAGCAGUACGAAGCGGCACUGCAGGGCGGGAUCCAGCCAUGCAUGCACAAAGUCCAAAGUGUGAUGAGCAAACAGGAAGGUGCCCUGCGGAAUGCGCAGGCCAAAUUUUCCCGGAUGCUGACAGAUAUGCAGGACUGUGCCAACAAGCUGGAUUCGUCCGGCGUCAAUUCGAUUGUUAAGUCCAUCCUGAAUAUAGGCAGCUGCACGAAAAUGAAUAUUCAAUCGAAGAUAGAAGACUCGCUGCAGCCUCAGAUGAAGCGACUGUCGGAGAUGGUUCAGCAACAGGGCUCCAAGCUGAAUGGAAACAUGAAUGCAACCGGAUUGUGUGUAGAGCGGCAACUGCAGUUGCCGCAGUUUCAGACACUGCAGGAGGAACUCGUUGCCAAGGGUAGGCAGUGUCUGGAAAGGGGCGGUUGAAUUGUGUGUCCAGUACUGUCCUACCUUUUCAAGAGCGGCCGUCAUUGUUGGAUGGUCCCAAGCGGAACAAUAAUAAAUCAGUUUGAGCAGAGGCUUAACCAUCGAUUGUGGGCCUUU